UUCUCCAUUCUCCAUUCUCCAUUCUCCAUUCUCCAUUCUUCAUCCAUCGAUUCACGAUUCACGCUUCACUCUCUACCUAUCUAGGAAUGCACCUACGUAGGUAGAUAAGAUAGGUGGCCUUCUAGACGAGGCUGCGGAUUCGUUCCCUUCUCGACCUCACCACCACCACCCCCACUCGCCCACACCACAUUACCUACUCUUCUAUGCCACCUAGGUAGUAACACAAUGGCCGACCCCUUCGAAGUACGCAUGCGCUUCAGCUCGCAGCUCGAACACCUUAAUGCCAGUACCACCUCCGCGCAGAAGGCUGCUCAGUAUGCCCUCAAAUUUAAGGAUAUGGACGAAGAUCUGCAUUCAUGCAUUUUGGAACAGCUCGAGAAGACCAACAUGAACACACGAGCAAAUAUAAUGUAUUUCAUCGAGCACCUGCUAGAGAUGGCUUCGAAAGAGCGACACAACGACUAUGUGCGUAUGAUGCAACGGGACAUUAUCCGAGUCGUCGAUGCUGUUUGCCCCGAAAAUGGUUCUGGCGCAGCAAAUGUCAAGGUGGUCCGCAAGGUUCUCCAAGGUCUCCAGAACAAAACUAUCCUUCUCGAACAAACCGUGACAGAAAUCGAGGGGUGUCUUAAGGAACGCGACACCUCCGCCCAUGACUUCACCCUCUCCUCUCCAACUAACGGCAACGAGCCCUCCGCCGCCCCAGCCUGUACCGCAGAUCCAGAGGUCGGUGGCGCUCAGGCCACACAACGCAACGGUGCUAGUAUGAAGCCAACGAGAAGACAAGUCGAGCAGCGCAUAGAAGAAGACCGUGAGCGACACAAGCGCAUGCGCGAGAGCAUGUGGGUAGUUCCUCCGGAUCCAAUCGAGCAGGCGCACAAGUUAUUUGCCGAAACCAGCGAUCUCGGCGUCGACGACAGUAUACUCGGGAACGAAGAGAUAGCAGCGCUUCGCGCCCUAGUUAAAGACGCAGGAUGUGGGCAUGAAAAUAGAAGCAGGUGGGAGGGACGGCCGCGAUCCAAGCCCCGGCCCCGGCCCAGGUCCAGAGCGACGAACGGUGUGGCUAGGCAUAUCUAGGAUAUCUUCCAGCAGCUACCGUUAGAAUGGGAAGGGAUACCAUGGUUGUAUGUUUUGGAGGAGAGUUAAUGUGUUGUUUACAUUGGGAAGCAUUUAGGCAUUGCGAGGUGUUGGGGACUCGGCAAAAUGGGUUUGAUCAAAUGCAUGACUACGCAAGUGUGGUAUUUGGCGAGAGUGAUGAAUGGAGUGCUGGUUUAGGACGAAUUAUCGCAUUUAUUUGCACUCCUUCCCAUUAUUUUACCAUAUGUAACUAUUAGUCAGUCUACCAAGUCAUGAUACCACAUCAAAGAGUUAGUUGUUAUUAUCAUUUACAGAUAUGAUUUACUUUGAACUUUCAUCAAUCUCUCAUACUACAGUGUGAAUUUCUCCUAGUCUCA